CAAAAGUGGAAGGCCCGGGGUUUUCUUUGUGUAUGCAAGAACGGAAAGCAGAAAGCAAAAGAUCUGACAGGCUGCAAAUCAGAUGCUGGGUGAUGUUUUGUAUCGGUGGAGCGAUGGCCCGCGGAAAGAGAUAGGGCGGUUGAUGUAAUAUAUAGAAUUCCGUGGGAGAUUACUAAUUCAUCCCGUCCGUCCUGCACACGCGCGCGUACGGGUGCGGAUGUGGUUUCUUGCUUCGUGACGGCAUUGCACUGCGAUGCUGCAGCACGGGUGAGGUCGGCGAUAACCCCGAUCGGGAAAUGCCUAAGAAAGCCGAGCUCCGCGCUCAUCUCAUGCGCCACACUCGCAGGCCUCAAUGCGCAGCUGUUGAGAUGAGACCAGAAAGGGCGGCCGGUUUUGGCAAGUGUGAUGUUCGAAAAGGCUGCAAAUGCGUUGGAGUGGGCGGCCCUUUACGGGGCAUGCGCCUGCCCAGAGAAGCCCGGCCCAAAAAAGAAAUCCAGCCUCAUGGUACGAAAUCCCCCGACGCGUUGUGUGCCGCACCCAGGGUGCUGCUCGAUUCCGUGGAUGUCUCACUUGCAGAGACCGUGCAUGGUCGAUGCAGCCAAAGCGUGCGCCUCGUCCAACAAAUCAACAAGCCGGAUCGUCUUCAUAUUAGAGACGCGAGCAACGCAUAUCAGAGACGCCAGCAACGCAAAGCGGUGGAACGCGCCAAACCCCGAUUUUGCGGCCCCGAUUGGCCUCGCUGCUGACGGCUGAUUUUUUGGCUCUGCUAGCACGGCCGGCCACCAGCACAAAUCCGAUUUUUGGAUAGGCUCAUCUCCAGCUUUCUUCCCCUCUGCCAGGACUAGUGAUGGACUAAUGAUUGGUGACUGGUGACAUCAGCGAUGAGGCCCAGGUCGCGCCGUAUGUGUACUGCGCCGGGUUUAAGUUGUCGUGCGGCGGAGAUAGAUCCUGGGCUUGUGUGCACAACCACAGGAAGCCCCACGGCUCUUCCGGAUGUUGCUACUUCCGUGUCCCGUGCCCAUUGCUGACCCG